UGCGCCUCCCUUUCGCCUCCGCGUCCCGCUGCGGGUAAAGAGCGAGCAGGCGAGUGGCUGGGGUUGCCUGGCUGGCGGAGAAUGGCGAAGAAGCUGCCGCCUGCCGCUGCUUCCCUGACUGGAACUGCAGCGGCCGCUUUGCCUUUGCCCUGACCCAGCCGGGAGCCCCGUCCUCUCCCCGCUCAGUUUCUCCUCCUUGGACCCCCUCCUUGGAGAGCGGAGCACGCGGCUCUCGAGGGCUCUCCUCAGGCAAAGAAGAAGGAAGGAAGGAAGGAAGGAAGGAAGGAAGGAAGGAAGGAAGGAAGGAAGGAAGGAAGGAAGGAAGGGGGUCUUCCUCGAAGGCAGAGCCCCCCUCCCCCCUUCCGGGUCCUUCCCUCCUCCCGCGUGAGGUUUUUCUCUCCGGGCCGCUCCGCCUAGAUGCUGCGGCGGCUCCUUCUUCUGCCGGGGCGCCAUGGCCACCGCGACGCUGCUCUGCCGGGUGCAGUUCCUGGACGACACAGACCCCUUCAACAGCACCAACUUCCCGGAGCCCAGCCGGCCGCCGCUCUACCCCUUCCGCCAGGACCUGCCUCUGGCCACCCAGUUGCCCGGCGUCCACCGCCUCCUGAAAGCCCCUCAAAAGCUUGAUGACUGUGCUCUGCAACUGUCUCACAAUGGCACCUACUUGGAUUUAGAGUCUACACUAGCUGAGCAAAAGGAUGAAUUGGAAGGUUUCCAGGAGGAUUCUGGCAGGAGCAAAAAACACAGUAUAAUCCUAAGGACCCAACUCUCAGUCAGAGUCCAUGCUUGUAUCGAAAAACUUUACAACUCCAAUGGACGGGAGUUGAGGCGUGCUCUCUUCUCCUUGAAACAAAUAUUUCAAGAUGACAAGGAUUUGGUUCAUGAGUUCGUUGUGGCAGAGGGCCUCACUUGUUUAAUAAAAGUGGGAGCAGAGGCAGACCAGAACUACCAAAAUUAUAUCUUGAGAGCCCUGGGACAAAUUAUGCUGUAUGUGGAUGGGAUGAAUGGUGUAAUAAAUCACAAUGAAACAAUCCAGUGGCUGUACACCCUCAUUGGGUCAAAGUUUCGCCUGGUUGUAAAGACAGCACUGAAGCUACUCCUUGUUUUUGUGGAGUACACUGAAUCCAAUGCUCCAUUUCUCAUUCAUGCAGUGUCCAUAGUAGAUGGAAAGAGGGGCCUUCAACCAUGGUCCAAUGUCAUGGAGAUUUUGGAGGAAAAAGAUGGAGUUGACACAGAACUUCUAGUUUAUACGAUGACUUUAGUGAACAAGACUUUGUCUGGCUUACCAGACCAGGAUGCCUUCUAUGAUGUAGUUGACUGUCUAGAGGAACUGGGGAUGGAAGCUAUUUCCCAGAAACACUUGAACAAGAAAGGAGCAGACUUGGACUUAGUAGAGCAAUUCAACAUUUAUGAGAUGACGCUGCAGCAUGAGGAUGGGAAUGACAAUGGUGAGGCUCCUCCUAGUGGCCGCAAAGAUCGAAGAAGGGCCAGUCUCGGCUGCAAUGAGCGAAGGUGGCUGGAACGUAGGAGGAGUCGCAGGCAUUCUGCCCAGAACGCCAAAAGCACUUUAUCAGCCCCUGCUAGCCCUUGCACUCAGGCAAGCCCCAACUUUAUGAUUAGCCAUGGGCAGGGCACUGAAGAUCUCAGUGAAAAAGAGGAGGAGAAUGAAGAGGAAGAGGAACAGCCAAUCACAGAGCCUAAUACAGAGGAUGAGGGGGAAGAAGAGGCUACUAGGCAGGUCAAAGCCAGUGAGCUCCCAGAACUACAGGUGGUUAAAUACAGUACACAAAGUUCUGAGUCUUCAGGUACCUCAAGUGUACUUUCUCAGGAUGAGAGGCCACCAGUGAGCUUUAGGACACAAAGUCCAUCCAGGAGUCCAUCAGCUUCUGUGUCUGAUUCAUUUGCUUCACACGAUUAUAACCUCCCAUCAUCAGCUUCCUCAUCUGUGUCCAUCAACUGCGUCCAAAAUGCAUCUUCAGUUACUCCGAAAGUGUUUCCAACGAUUGAAAAAAUGCCUUAUGUACCACAUAGCCCCUUUCACCUUUUCUCCUAUGAUCUUGAAGAGCCUUCAACUGUGAAAGAAAAGGAAACAGAGGGAAUGAGGGAACACAGGUCAUCCUUGGGUGGUCUCCUUACAUCAUCCUAUCGACAGCACCAAGAAUCCUUGGCAGCAGAAAGAGAGAGGCGACGACAAGAGAGAGAAGAGAGGCUGCAAAGGAUAGAGCGUGAAGAAAGAAACAAAUUUAAUCGUAAUUAUCUAGGCAAGAGAGAAGAGCUAAGACAAGCAAGAGAAGAGAGAUACAAAUACUUGGAGAAAUUGGCAGCUGAAGAAUAUGAGAAGGAACUGAGAAGUCGAAGUUUAUGUAGGGGAAGAAGUGACCUGUCCUUGAAUUUGGGCUCUGCUUCACCCAUCACUUCUCCCAGUCCCCAGUGUGCAAGUCCAGCUUCAACAGAUUCUCAGGACGAACUAAAGACUCCUGCGACAAUUUUCAAAACACCUCAAACUCCAGAAGUGAGUGCCAGUGAACCUGAAUGUGAACCAGAACCUCAGCCAGAGGCAGAAAACAAAACAGAGCAGAAAGAUGAGGCAGAGUUCGAACAGGGAACAGAAACUCCCCAAGAUGUAGAGGUUGCAAUGGUGGAGCCAGAGAGUGAAGUGGAGCAAGGACCAGAGCAAGAAACAGAAGAAGGUGCAAUACUCAGUGAAAAAGAGAGGCAGAAUGAAGAUGUGAACGAAAAAGACAACUGCUCUGCAUCAAGCAUAUCCUCGGCAAGCAGCACUUUAGAAAGGGAGGAAAGGGAGGAAAAAAUAACCAGCAACAGUACAGCUGAUCCAUGGUUACAGACCGCUCAAGAUGUUGGUGUGAAUGAUCAGUGCAGCAACAUCCUCAACAACAAGCGGUUCAUGCUGGACAUGUUGUAUGCCAAUAACAAGAAGCCCAAGGAUGAAAAGGAUAAAGAGCUGGAGGAGAAGACGGAGGAAAAGAAGAUGACAGAGGCAAAUGUAGACAGUCUCACUAGCCUGGCCAGCAGGAUCUCAGUCUUACAGGCCACGAAGCAGGCCAAAGAUGAAAGUGUCAAAAAAAUGGAAGUUGGCAAUUUGGACAAUCAAGGCAGUGUGAAAGCCUUUGCAGAACGAUUCAACAAUAGUGAGAUGGGCAAAACUGCAUACUUUCCUGAAAGUGACUUUACUGAAAAGGCCAAUGAAAAAACACCGAUCCAGACUAAGAAGGAAUCUGACUAUAUUUGGGAUCAACUCAUGGCCAAUCCAAGAGAACUUAAAAUCAAAGAUAUGGAUUUUACAGACUUAAGGGACGAGGAUGACGUUGACGUAUUAGAUAUGGAAAUGCAUCCUAGAGACUCCUUAGCUGCUCCUCCACCACCUCCACCUUCCUUUUUGGGUUUGCCUCCUCCACCCCCUCCCUUGUUUUAUGGAUGCCCCCCUCCACCCCCACCCUCUAGUAAUUUAUUGGCUCCCCCUCCUGUUUUUGGCAUUGCUCAGGGUUUUGGGUCACCUCCACUUACUAGAAAUCAGCCAGCCUUUGUAAAAAAGAAGAAAACAAUCCGCCUAUUUUGGAAUGAGGUGAGGCCAUUUGAGUGGCAGUGUAAGAAUAACAAAUGCUGCAAAGGAUUCCUGUGGUCAAAACUGGAGCCUAUUAAAGUGGAUACUUCCAAACUAGAACACCUCUUUGAGUCUAAAUCCAAGGAGCUUCCUGUCACAAAGAAAACUGCUGCAGAUGGCAAGAGGCAAGAAAUCAUUGUGUUGGAUUCCAAGCGGAGUAAUGCCAUCAAUAUUGGGCUGACAGUAUUACCCCCUCCAAGGACAAUCAAGACUGCCAUUUUAAACUUUGAUGAAUAUGCCUUAAAUAAAGAAGGAAUAGAGAAAAUUCUCACAAUGAUUCCCACUGAAGAGGAGAAACAGAAAAUUCAGGAAGCUCAGUUAGCCAACCCUGAUACCCCACUGGGCACUGCUGAGCAGUUCCUUCUUACUCUUUCUUCCAUCACUGAACUUACUCCUAGACUUCAACUCUGGGCAUUCAAAAUGGAUUAUGAUCUUGUGGAAAAGGAGGUUGCAGAACCACUUUUGGACUUAAAGGAAGGAAUGGACCAGCUGGAAAAUAAUAAAACCUUGGGAUUUAUCCUUUCUACUUUACUAGCCAUUGGAAAUUUUCUCAAUGGAACCAAUGCCAAAGCUUUUGAACUGAGCUACCUCGAGAAGGUUCCAGAAGUCAAGGAUACAGUUCACAAGCAGUCUCUACUACAUCAUAUCUGCACAAUAGUGGUGGAAAAAUUUCCAGACAGCACAGACCUUUAUUCUGAGAUUGGGGCCAUCACUCGGUCAGCAAAGGUUGACUUUGAACAGCUUCGGGACAACCUUUGUCAAAUAGAGAAACGAUGCAAAGCAUCAUGGGAUCACCUGAAGGCUAUAGCAAAGCAUGAAAUGAAAUCAACAUUAAAGCAAAAAAUGUCUGAGUUCCUUAAGGACUGUGCAGAAAGAAUCAUAAUAUUGAAAAUUGUCCAUAGAAGAAUAAUUAACAGGUUCCACUCUUUCUUAUUAUUUAUGGGUUAUACUCCUUAUGCAAUCCGUGAAGUCAACAUCAAUAAGUUCUGCAAAAUUAUUAGUGAAUUUGCUUUGGAGUAUCGCACCACCAGAGAACGGGUUUUGCAGCAGAAGCAGAAGCGAGCCAACCAUAGAGAAAGAAAUAAAACCAGAGGAAAAAUGAUCACAGAUACUGAUGAAGAAGAUGACAAUGAGUCUGGGAAAUUCUCCAGCAGCUCCCCCACAUCACAGAACCAACCACAAGGCCUGCAAUAUGCUGAAGAUGCUGUGGAACAUGAGAACAUGAAGGCUGUCCUGAAGAUAUCAUCUCCGGGCGGGGAGAACACCACUAUGUUAGGAGUGCGCACUAGAAGCAGAGCCAAUCGAGGUCGCAUUGGUUCAUGGAACACUGGCAAUGAUGAUUCACCUAAUGCUACAGAUGACACAGCAGAUGAGAUAAUGGAUCUCAUUGUCAAGUCUGCCACGGAAGUGCCAAAUCAGCGAGCUGUACCCAGAGAAAGGAAAAGAUCAAGAGCAAACAGAAAGUCAUUGAGACGGACCCUUAAGAGUGGACUGACACCAGAAGAAGCUAAAGCACUGGGUCUGAUGGGCACUUCCGAGAUGCAGGUGUGAUGACAGCACCCAAGUGAGCUACAGGAAGAACCAUAAGCGUGUACACACACAUUUUAUACACAUAUAUGCACAGCCACACAUCCUAACACAGGCUGCCAACAGCAUUUUGGCUUGACAUUCUUCUGCCGUUCUUCAUACCCUGCCACUUUCAGAACACUAUAGUGGAGGGAAACAGAUAAUCAACACAAAGGGCUAAAAUUAAGGCACAUGUAACUUACCACUACCAAAUUAAGUCAGUUCUGGGAGUAAUUUGGAAAUCAUCAUGCUGCAUUGAUAUAGCCUUUGAUGUUAUCUUGUUUUAUGUGAAAGGUGUUUAUGUUCAUUUUCCUUGUGGCCUGUAUAGUAAUUAUUAAGUAAUCUGUUUUGGCACUUCAAGAGCAAUGCUUUCAACAGGCAAACUUUUGCUACAAUUACUGUGACUUUGCAAAGUCAAUGUUUAAAAACAGAUAUGCACCAUUGUUUUUAUCUUUCCUCCAAAGAAUGUACAAAUGUAUGUCUACUUGUGUAUAUACAAUUUGAGUAUGUGUGUGUAUACACACACGUGCCUGUAUGCCCCAUGCUCCUACUGAGUCCAGGUGCCUUCAACCUUCAUUCAUACUAUCCUGCAAGAAGAGAGUUCCUUUUUACAAGAACUCUUUUAUGCUGGAUUGUUUUUUCUGCUACGAUCUUUCUCACAUUGCACAUUUCUGUAUAGUGGCACACAGUCACAGCAAAGUACCUGUAGUUACUCAACUCAAGAGGUGAACAAAUACAUAUAUUAUAGUAGUAUACUAGAAUGUAGCCAGUUAAAAAUAAUGUUUGUGUCAAGGUUAAGUUAGAGUUCUGUGCGUACAUGUGAACCCAUUUGACUGCAUUUCUAACCUUAUAUAACAAAGUUUAAGAAUACCAGUCUAGGUGACGUUUCCCAUGCAGAUACACUCCAUUCAUAAUAACAAUGAAAAUAACAAUUGUUCUCAAUACCCAGAUGUUAAACAUCCAGAGAUGUCCUUUCUAAAGUCAGCAGACUGUAGUUUGAAGAAUAAUUUUAAAGAAAUGCCUUACACUUUUUUUUGCAGCUUGCAUUGUUCAGCUCUUUCACUUUCAUAAAGCAAUCCUGCUUGAAAAAUUCAAAGAACAGAGUACACUCAGUGCAAUGUUUAGGGUUUACAAAGGGUGGUACAGAAGGGGUUUUUUUAAUACUAAAACAUACCUCUAAGCUCGUAGUAGUAAAGAAGUCAUAAUGUUAAUCAUACCAUCCAAUUGGUAUGAUUAAGAGAAUGUUCCAUAUUAUUCCAGAAAAUUUCAGACUCAAUCUUUGUACAGAAAACCAAAAUACUAAACAUGUAAGAAAAUGCACAAGAAGUUGUAGUACUGUAUAACAUCUCACAUUCUACUCUUGGUUUUGUCUUAUAAUUUACAUUUAUUUUGCUCUGUUCUGGAUAGUGUUCUUUUAUAUGUAAAAGUAACUGUGAAGUCCCAGAAAAUGUGUUCCUCAAUAUUUGAUAACCCUUGUUUUAUUUGGGAUUCAGUAGAUACUUAGAAUUAAGUCCCUCUGCACUCAAUGAGGCUUAUUCCCAGAUAAAUAUGUAUAUGAUUGCAGCCUUCAUAGUUCCACAAUGCUGUGGAAAUAAUUUCUUGAUAUGGCUGGUCAUCGAGGAGAAGGUAUCAUUGGCCAGUAAAUGACAGAAAUUUGCAUUUAUUUCAUUUUAUUUACUGAAAGCCGGUAAGUCUUUGGCAUGACAUUUCUACGUCCUGCCUAUAAGAAACAUUUUGCUACUUCUCCAGAACCUCUUAGAGUAAUGCAUUAUUUCCAUGUUUUUUUUUAUUUUUUGCAGGAGGCUGGGGCUCUUUCCUCUAAUGGAAAUAACCCCAUUAGAGGACAGAGACCCAGCUUGCCAUAAAAAUAAAAUUGUUGCUUUGGUUGCAUAAUUUUUUACUAUUAGUAUCCACAAGAAGAAUGUAGACUUUAAAAAAAUCUUUCUAACAAAUAUAAUAUUGGGAGGGGGGUAGAAUUCCUACCCUAAACUAUUGUAUUGCACAUUGCCAUUUUAUUAUAGAAUAUAAAGCCUACCUUUCAAUGAAAUUCUCAGGGGAGCAUACAAAAAUGACAUUGAUGCAACAUUCUCCUCUUUACUUAUUAAAGCAGUGUUUUGGGAUUAUACUUUAACACAUGUAGAACAUUUUACAAGGUCUUAUUUUUAUUUGUUCUCACAUCUGUUCCAGUAAAAGUUAGAAUCUUCAACCACUUAACAUAAAGGCCUAAAUCCUGUGGAUAAUACUACCUGCCAUAUAAUUGAAUCAAGAAGAUUCACUAUUGUCUGAGUGAGUCUAUCUAGUUCAGUGGUUCUCUACCCGUGGGUCCCCAGAUGUCUUCAACUCCCAAAAAUCCUAACAGCUGGUAAACUGGCUGGGAUUUCUAGGAGUUAUAGGCCAAAUACCUGGGGACCCACAAGUUGAGAACCACUGAAUCUUGGUUGGACUACCAUUUGGUAGACUCAGACCUUGGACCAGACUGUCCACAACAAUAACUGUUUUUACAUAUUACUAAAAGUAGAACUGUCAUCUAUUUUAUUCAUUCUUGGCAAAUAAAAUACUCUCAAAUAUUUUCCCAAAAUGCUGUUAUAGUAUCUAUGGGGUUGUUUCUAUUGCUCUUUUUUAAUUCUUCUUCCAAUAUAACCUAGGAUCCAAAUAAUUACUAUGGCUCAUGCAAGUGAGCUCAGAAAAAAUUCUGACAUUUUUUGUUUGCUAGGGAUACCUAACAUUCCCAAAUUACAACCCGUUCUUUAAAUCCUCAUCAGUUUGAAAAACCAUUUCUGAUGAGAGAGGAGGCUUCCCUUUGGAGAAGCAGCACACAUUUUCUGGCUGUGUUUUGGCCAUUACUUUUGCUUGCCUGAGAUUAGCAGAACCUUCCUAUCUACUCCUAACAAAAUUUAGUUAUUAUUGACCUUGCCUACACUGAAGAAGCAUCAGCAUGGGUAAAAUAAUAAAAUAAUCGAUGUCUUGAUUUUGAUCCCAAAAACUACACUUUUUUUAAUGAGUGAGUAGAAAAUGAACAUAAGCCUCUGCUCUUCAAAAAGUCAGAAGAGAAAAACAAAUUCCUCUAAAUUCAGGACUAGGGUCAUAACUUAACAGUACUUAACCCAAGAAGUCCGCCAAAAUUUCAUGUAUUUCUGUUGAAUGUUCAGGGACAAAAUCCACUCUGCAACUAGCACAAAGCUCAGGCAGACACAACAAACUGAAUAAAAAAUGGCCAUUA